GGGAGUUGCGACUAGACAAGUUCUUCUCGCACGUCGCCAAGCUUGUCUUUCGGUGACGGUGUAUAGACAAAGCAUCUAUUGGGAGGGUGUCUUAAGAGAAGUAUACACUUGCCAGCGAUGAGCGGCACCACUUCGCACGCGGGCUUCUCACAUCCCGAUCGCGCUAUAGAGGGCUCUCAUAUCACCCGACCCACUGGCUUUGUCAGCUCAUCCAACGACGAGACAGACCACGUGCACGACUCGGCGUCGAAUGGCUCGUCGCUCGAUGAGCUCACUGGCGACGUCGUCAGCGAUCCUUCGGGCUUGGACGCCGAACAAUCUCGACAGCCUCUACCACGCGAAAGUGGCCGCAGUCCCACAACAGACGCGACAGCAGACAUUUCAGGAGGACAUGCUACGCGGCCACACCUUGAUGCGGACGAAGCAGACUCUUCAUUCGCAGUGCCUCUCGUCACACCAUUCGCCAAGCACCUCGGUCGCAAUCGGGCUUGCGCUGCGUGUCGCGAGCGCAAGCUUAAGUGCGAUGGUGUCCGACCGAUAUGUGGCCAAUGUGGCCGGGCCUGGGCCGCUCGGCGAAAGUCAAUGCUGGCCAAAGGUCAUUCUGAGAACGACAUCGACGCCAUGGAGACGCCCUGCAGCUACAUAGCGGUCGAGCCGCGCAAAGGAAACAAGAAGUCUACCGUAUCAGGGUCACCCAGCAACCAGAACAACAAGUCAAAUGCUCGCAAAAGACAUGCCACCGAUUCCGGCACUCUGGGAGGGAACGGUAGCCCAUCACUGAGCGAGGAGAAUCGCAAGCUCUCGCGCGAGGUCGCGGAGCUUAGAGCUCUCUUGCAGGCUCAGAGAGUGCAAAGCACUAGCUCGGCCGACGAACUUUCGAUUGCAGAGAUACUUGCUAACACGAUGCGAGGAGGCGAGAGUAGCUACCAAACUAUGCCGUCCGGACUCUCUGGCAGGCCGACCAAUCAUCGCCCGUCUGCCGAUCCUCUGGCAGACCAAGGGCAGAAUAAUAGCAGUGCGCAGCUCAUGCUGGAUCCAAGUAUGGACUUCGGCAACUUGCCCGGGGAUCAGGAUGGACUCCGACAUAUUGCUGUUUCCGACAUCAGCAGCCCUUCUGGGAACAGUACGUAUUCCCAUCCGUUGCAGAGGAGUGACAUGUUGGGCCCAUUGCUCCUCGAUUCGGCUGGCGGCGGACAAACCGGGGCGAGUGGUGGUCAAGGACAUGGGCACACCGCAAUACGCGGUACCGCAGUCGAGGCUUUCUCAAUCGCCGGGUUCCCUCCGUCAGCACAAGGAGUAGGCUCGAGCACUGGAUCGUCUGGCAUACAGCAAGAUCCUGACCCUAUGCUUGAGCUGGUCUUCUCAGGAUGGCCGACAGACUUCCCUCCCCCACAGACCGUAGACUUGCUCGUCAACAUCUUCUUUGAGAAUUUCCCAUUCCUGCACAUAUUCCAUCCCGGACGCUUCCUCAAUGCCUUGAUGCUCGGGCCUCAUUCUCCACGCUACCCACAUCCCUCAGCUUUGCAUGCCAUGUUUGCUCUGUCGUACACCCUGCGGCCCGACCUUGAUCCGGUUGCGCAGUCUCGGCAAGCCAAUGCGCAGCCGCUCGCCGGCUCACAUGGCGCGCAGAAGAGCAUCUAUGAUAUUCACCGAUCCAGGGGGGGCAGCGCGGAUUACCACACAGCACGCUGCCAGCAUCACAUAUUCCAUGGCACUUUCCACGGCGGCAAUCUCUACGACAUUGCACGGGCAGCUUGUCUACUAUGCAAUAAGAAGUACGCCUGCGGUGAUCUGCUUGAAGCUUGGAUGCACGCAGGCCACAGCACUCGCUUGAUGGUCGCCCUCAAUAUCAAUCGAGAGCGCAGCAGAAGCACCCCAUCACUAGGUCAGCCAAUCGAGAUCACAAGAAUGAUCGUCAAUGCCAGUCCGAAAGACUGGGUGGAAGAAGAGGAACGUCGUCGAGCUAUGUUCUCUGUUUUGGCAACAGAUCGAAGCGCUGCAGCAACCACACUGUGGGCUAGCAGCUUGGCCGAAGCGGACGUCGACUGCGAUCUGCCCGUCCUCCCUCACGACGCCUUUCUGAGUUCGGACAUGACAGGAUACGAUUACAGUCGCCGUCAAAAUUGCCACUCCGACGACUUCCUGACCGGAGGCCAUCACGAUGCCGUUAUCCUGCUGAUCAAAGGCUUUAUGAUGGUUGGAAGAUGUGGUGCCUUGCUCGCUCGCCUUCCCCGCAUCGCGACGGUCGAAGAUCUGCUCACGUCAGAAUUUGACACACUCUCGAACAGCGUUGGUGCUUUCGCGAUGUCUUUCCCGCCCAAUCUGUCUUCAUAUCUCUCCACGAAGCCAGAUGGUCAGCUGGAUCCGGUUUUGAUCACGGCCCAUGCUCUCCCGCAUUGCGCGACACUGUUGUUGCACGACCCCCUGGCUUUGUGCAGAUCGGAAAGCUUCGCCAUGUGCCGCGCUGCUUGCUCGGCAGUCCUCGCCAUCUUGCGUAUGCUUGCUGCUACUAGCACCAAUUUGGCGCUGUUCCCGCCCUUGUUCUCAUUCAUUGUCACGGUCACUGGCAGGAACAUCUUGAGAAGAAUGCAACAUAAUCAAAGAAUUUUUGCGCAAUCAGGCGGUGUUGGCAACAAAGCGCUGAACGGUAGCAAUGCUGGUGAAGUCCGCAGUCCAUCUGAUGGCGAAUCGGACCGACACGGCUUCCCGCCUGACUUGGACGCGAAGCAGGAGAAACAAGUCGCCAAGAGCGAGAUCGACAUGGUGGUGCGCACGCUCUGCAAAUAUGGGCAGACGUGGCCCGUCGGCAUCCGCCAAGCUCAGGCGUUGACCCGCCAGAUGGGCGUACCGCUCGAUAUAGACCAGCUCAUCUACGAACAGGAAGUUCCAAGCAGUCACCAGUCACACUUUCAGCAACCGCCCAACAUGCAUUUGCACCAGCACAGUCACCACUCGCCAGCCGUGACCCAACAGCAACAGUUCAAGGCCCCUGAGUUUGCGCAAAACUCCUUCCUCUCCCAACAUCAGCACGGUUCUCGCAUGCACUAGACAUUCUCAAAUCUGCAUUAAGUCUGUCUCAGAAAAGCCAAAUUAACAGAUGGAUCGCCUUGAGGAUUCUGACUGCCUAGGUGUGUGUAGAUUUCGUUUCGCG